AUGGAGAGAGAAAAAUCUAGUAGGAGAGAACGAGCAUCCAGAGACGACGACAACGACCGCCGCCAUCGUCAUCGCGACCGUUCGAAGCACCACCAUCGAGACGAUGAGAACCGACACCGAUCCGAUGAUCGAAGAGGUCGCGAUCGCGAAAGGCGUCGCGAGAAAUUACUCGAAUCGGAAGUUGUCAGAGAAAAAUCUUACGAUAGAGAGGAUUCCGUGGAGAGAAGGCAUCCGCAUAGGAGGAAAGACGAUAGAGAGAAAUGGAGAAAUCGUAUGAGAGAGAGGAUUCAGUGGAGAGAAGGAAUGCACAUAAGAUGA